AUGGAGGUAAGCACUCGAUACCCAAAGCCAACAACAGUGGUGCUGAUGGGCCAUUCCUUCAUUAGGAGGCUUGGUGUAUUCAUGGACAGUGUACAACAUUAUGAUAAUUUACGUCUUCAGAAAGAUAGUUUUGAAGUGAUAAUUCGUGCCAGGGGCGACCUCAGGACCUACGAGCUGGCUAAUUCCAGGGAACUACUUGACUUUCAUAAUAUUCAUACCAAGGACGGUAUUUGUUACAUCCAGAUUGGUGGAAAUGACUUAGCAGAUCCACAGAUAACACCACACGAUGUAGUUCGACAAAUUAUUUCACUGGCUUACUGUUUACUGUUCAUUAAUAACUUCUCUUAUGUAAUUAUUGGACAAUUGCUACGUAGACAUCCAUCAAAAGUAGGCAGUCUGUACAAUACCAAAGUGAUUGACACCAAUAAACUUCUUCACGACCAGUGUCGCUCCUCAAACAGUAAUAUCAUAUUUUGGCACCACCGUGGAUUCUGGGACCCAGACAUGAAAUACCUAGCGUGUGACGGGGUUCACUUAAAAGACAGCAACCAUGACCACAGGUUUAUGAACAAGUACCUGCAAAGUGUUAAAAGUGCUGUCCUUCAUGCCUUCCAUUUGGCAAGACGACCAAAGAAUCAGGACUAA